UGAUUUAGUAAGUGAAUAAAGGCAAUGUGCCUCUCUUCCUCUUUCACUCUGUCUUGUUGGCGCCCGAAGGACACAACAGAAGAAACCUGAAAAACUGCUUCUCGGCCACGAUGUUCCUGUGCUGUUGGCUGGCUCUGACGGCUUUAAUCCCUUUGACCCUGAGCACCAAUCCUGGAGUGAAGGUCAAGCUAACCGCAAAAGGCCUUGAAUAUGGCAGACAACUGGGGAUGGUUUCCAUCCAGAAGAAACUCAAAACCAUCAAAGUCCCAGAUAUGUCAGGGCGCCAGAGAGUGUCUCCCAUUGGCAAGGUCAAGUACAGCUUGACAAAUAUCCGAAUAGUGGAUGUGGGUUUGCCAACUUCCGCGUUGGAUCUGGUACCAGGGACGGGUGUCAGGCUGUCCAUCGCUAAGGCCUUCAUCAGUCUGCACGGAAACUGGAGGGUCAAGUACCUCAGAAUAAUAAAGGACAGCGGCACUUUCAAUUUGAAGGUCAGCGAUCUCACCGUCACGACAAGCAUUGCCGUCAAGAGCGACGAGAUGGGCCGUCCCGUGGUCAGCACCGCCGACUGCGUGGCCAAAGUCGGCAGCGUGAGCGUCAAGUUCCGCGGCGGAGCCAGCUGGCUGUACAACCUCUUCAAGAAGUUCAUCGAGAAGGCCUUACGAAAUGCACUGGACAAACAGAUCUGCACUCUGGUGGCCGACGCAGUAACUGAUUUGAACCCUGAGUUGAAAACUCUCAAUGUUGUAGCAAAGGUGGACAAGUACGCAGAGAUUGAAUACUCCAUGGUGUCAGCGCCCGCAGUGACAAAAGCCUCGAUAGAAUUUGGCUUGAAGGGGGAAUUCUACAACAUCGGGAAGCACCAGGAGCCUCCGUUUACCGCCGCUGCCUUUUCCCUGCCGCCCGAGACCAACAAAAUGUUGUACCUCGGCUUGUCCGCCUUCACCGCCAACUCUGCGGCCUUCGUCUACAAGACAGCCGGAGCCCUCAGCCUGUACAUCACCGAUGACAUGAUCCCUCAAGGCUCGCCCUUCCGACUCAACACCAGAACGUUCUACGUCUUCAUCCCACAGCUCGCCAAGCGCUUCCCGGGCCUGAUGAUGAAACUGCUGGUGAGGACGGCGAAAACCCCCGUCAUCACGCUUGAACCCAACAACGCCACGGUGGAGGCCAGUUGCACGGUGACGGCCUAUGCCAUCCAACCCAACGCCACGCUCUCCCCUCUCUUCGUACUGAACAUGGAGACCAGCGUCAGCGCCCGGGUGUUUGUCAGUGGAAUGAGGUUGGCUGGAGCUGUCAAGCUGAACAAAAUGGAUCUGACCCUGGAGACAAGCUACGUGGGAGAUUUUGCGGUCAGAACCCUCAACAGCAUCUUCCAAAUGGUCCUCAAAGUGGUUGUGAUACCUACACUGAACGUUCAACUUGCAAAGGGACACCCACUUCCUACACUUGGAAAGAUGACACUUGUGAACACUCAGCUUCAGGUCCUGAAGGACUACGUGCUGAUUGGGACAGAUGUUCAGUUCACGGGUUCAACGAAAACUCCCAGGAUUCAUUUCUGCGCUGCGGGGCCACAAUGAAGAUGCAGGCACAGCCAGAGUUCAGCUGACAGUAAACCAUUCGGGAAGAAAAAAAAGAAUAAUGCACAGAUAAUACUUCUCCUACCAGCCUCAGAAAUACAAAUCUCCUGUUUCCAUUUGGACUCAGUUUCUUUUUUUAAAUUAUAAUUCUCCUCUUUGACUCAUUUUCCUUUAUAUGUUAACCCAGAGCUGGUUUUCCAAAUGAAAAAUAUAGAUGAUGGCAUUGAUCUGCUCCAACAGGACACAGUCUGCAGAAGAGGGUUCACUGUUGUCACUUCAAUUAUCUUUAUUUAUUUUUAAAAAGCUCCUUCCAAAGCAGAUCACAGCACUUUCUGCUGCUGACUUUAGGGGGAAAUAUUGUUAAGUUUCUGAGUCUGUUAUUCUACAAACGUGCUGAUCCGUGACAUUUCUGCUGCAGUUCGGAGAGUACCAACACAAUGCCGUGGCAUCAAGCAACAGACAAAAGAAAUCAGUCACAGCUGUGUGUAUUAAAGAAACGUUACUUUUCA